AUGUCACCAAUAGCGUCAGCAUUCUACAAUCAAUUUGCAACUCUCGAUCCAGCAUUACAGUACGCGAUGACACUGAAACUGAUGCAAGCACAACAACAACAACAGGACUUCGAACGUGCGCGUUUAGCCCUUUUUCAAGGUCGUGGUCUUAGUUCAAGCCCUUCAACAAAUGCCGCCUUGAUAGAUGCCUAUCGACAGCAGGCACUCGCGAUGGGAUUAUCUGAGCAACAGGCGCAAAGUUGUCAACAACAUCUGAGUGCGCUGACUGGCGAUCCGAAAUUUUUGCGUGACGCAAUGAUCGUGCGUGGAGUUGAAGUGAGUAGUGAAUCGAAGGAUUGA